GUUUCAACUUUGUCCUAGAACAGAGAACACCAGAAACACAACUGUGCAGGGGACGGCAGCACACUGACAUACUGUGUAUUUCUCUCUGGAUUUUAGUCAUUUUCUUCUGUUUGUUUGUAUAUCUGUAGGUGAUUAUCGUGCCUGGAACAUGGCACUUCUCUCAGACAAGAGUUAUUCUGGGAUUGAACUCCUAGACCUGCUUCUCGAGCCUCAUAAGGUCUCUCAUAUGGAGAGCGAUGGUGACCAUGACAACCCUGCGUGGUCAAUCACAGAUCAAAGCAUUCUGAGUCACAGUGAAGGUGUUGUUGAUAACUUCCUGGACUCACUGCUGCAACCAUCAGACAGCAUCAUGUCAAAGCCCUGCUCUCCUCUCUGGGUUCCCUCACCCUGUGACAGUGGAAUCAGUGACGACCCGUCCGACCACCUGGACAGCUCGCCGCCGCCCACCAGCCCACUCUUCGACUCCAUCUUCCUCCCUCAGCAUCCUCAUCUUCUUCCUCAGCGUCUUCAGCAGCAGGCUGCACAUGCCACAAACGUAGAGCCUGAUAUCUCCAUUGAUCUGGCAGAUUGGGAGGCCUGUCUGUUCUCUGACGGUCUGACAGACUCUCAGUGCACGUCAGCAGUGGCGAGAACUCAACCAACCCCCGUUUACCAGCUCACUGUAAAAGACCUGCUGCUCUCCAACAUCGGAGAACCGACAAAACCCUCCUCCCAGCAAUCCCAGCAAGAACUGAUUCUCAAUGAAGAUGAGAAGAAACUUUUAGCCAAGGAAGGAGUCAGUCUUCCCAGCCAACUGCCUCUCAACAAGUAUGAAGAAAAGGUUCUGAAGAAGAUUCGAAGGAAAAUCCGAAACAAGCAGUCGGCACAGGAGAGCCGCAAGAAAAAGAAGGAAUAUAUAGAUGGACUGGAGGGCAGGAUGGCUGCCUGCAGCACUCAGAACAUGGAAUUACAGCGGAAAGUCCUCCAGCUGGAGAAGACCAACACGUCUCUGAUGGAGCAGUUACGUCGGCUGCAGUCACUGGUGAUGAACGGCUCCUGUAAACCGGCUCAAACGGGAACCUGCAUCCUGGUGCUUGUCAUCUCUUUCUCUCUCAUUCUCGUCCCGAGCCUCCAGCCCAUCUCACAGAGGAGGUCCGCUGACCCCGGAGACUUCAGUACUGCGAAAGUUCAGUCCAGGUCACUGCGCUCGGUGAUGGAGGUCUACAGCAUUCAGCCUGGCUACUCAGUCAACAGAGAUGUGGAUGUGUCCUCGUCCCCUCGCAGCAAGCUUCAACUCAGGCCCGAGUACGCCGACAUGGACCGUCUACAUCACAACCAUAGUUACAGAGACCGUGAGCAUCACCACAGCGACCCCAUCACUGGCCACGCUGCCUUACUGAGCUGGGUAUCACAUGAUGAGAAAGACAAGAAGUGAUGUAACUGAUUGGCGCACAUUAUACCAGACUUUUGACUAUGGCAACGCAGCUCGUUCCGGCCACAUAUCAGAUGUGACCGUCUGACUGACAUGCAAAGCAACAAACCAGUUUGUUUUGCUUCUAUGUGGCAUUUAGUUGUGGGUUUAUCUGAAUAGAUUUUGCCACAAUAACAGACUGGAAAGGAAACAUAAAUCAUGCAAAUAAUGAUGCAGCAGCCUAUCCAAAAAGAAUUGUACAGAAAACACAAAAUUUUGUAAAAUAGUGUAAAAUGUUGCAGGUUUGUCAGAAUAUUUUUUAUUUUUUUUCACAAUAACAUAAUGGAAAGGAAAAAUAAAUACUUUAAUAAUGUAGCAGCCUAUGCAAAACAAAAAAUAGUGUAAAACGUGUAUAGAUAAAGUACAUAUUUUACAGACACUUAAAGUGGACCUAUAAUGCUCCUUUCACAAGAUGUAAUAUAAGUCUCUGGUGUCCCCAGAAUGUGUGUGUUUCAGCUCAAAAUACCCCACAGAUCAUUUAUUAAUGCUUGUCAAAUUUGGCCUUAUUUGGGUAUAAGCAAAAAUACACCAUUUUUGUGUGUGUCACUUUAAAUGCAAAUGAGCUGCUGCUCCCGGCCCCCUUUCCAGAAGAGGGCGGAGCUUUAACAGCUUGCACUUCGGUUGCUCAACAACAACAAAGCUGGAGAAUCUCACGCAGCCAAAAUGAGGAUUGUCAGUAACGGUGUUCAGCCUUACAUUGUUCAAACCGGAGUCGGACACUGAUGGAGAGAAUCAGGACUUUUAGAAUGCAUCUGGAAGUUUCUGAAUGGUUAGUGAAUAAAUUUAUGUAGUUGCUGUGGAGUUGAUUCAACUCAUCGACAACUCGUUUGUAAAGCAGUUCGGCGUAAAAUGACGGCAUGGUAAAAACACUCUACUACAACUCUUCCUCUUCUCUAAAGCAGCCCAACAUGGCCUCACCCCCUUUGUUGCGUGUUCUCGGGGGCGGGGUAUAUGUAAAUUUAAGGGUUAGUGAUGUCACCAACCCCGGAAGAAGCUUGUUGUAGUCCUUACCAGCCGUUUGUUGUAGUCCUAAAAAGCGAUUUCUCCCUUUGCAUUGAACUUUGAGCGUCGUAACUUUGCAGAUGUUGUUUAUGCUCAAACGGCAACAUUACACACUAACUAAAGAAUCAACCACCCCUUUAAGCUGAUUUGUUAAUAAACUAAGAUUUUUGGCAAAUUAUGUGACAAUUUCAUCUUCAAGUGUUCAUUGCCUCAACAUUUGUAAACAUGACUUUGUUCUCAGUUCUAUUACUCCCUUAAAUUGCAUAAAACCAGCCAAUCAGAUUUGAUUAGGAGGUGUUUUCUUUGCAAUAUGCAUCAGUGAGCCAGCAUAUGCAUCCACAAAUUUGCAAGAAAGUCAGAUGCUGGCCUGUGUUUUUAAAUGUUGCCUUUGGGGAAGAGAUUAAUCAUUCAGAAAUUGGCCUAAAACGGCACAUCGCAUUAAAAGCGAAUGCUCCUGCCAAGCGGUGUGCUGAUCGCCGUGCCAAGAUCACCUUCGCUUCGGCUGUUGAUCAACUCAGAUUGAUGCGCAGACAGCUCAUCUCAUUUGUGCAGAAUCAAGCAGCAGCAAAAGAGUAAUGUACCAACAUAGGACUGGGUGUUCAUUCCAGACGUUUGUUAAUGUGAGUUUGUAUCCAGCAAUAUUUUUGUCUUAAUCCUUACCUGAGGGGCCAUUUUUGUCUGUAACUUUGUUCUCUAACUCAUUCAGUGCACAGAACUCCCUCGAGUGCAGUUCCUGAAUGCUAAACGACACUUUUACUUUUUGUUGCUCUGUAAACUAGACGCACAAUCCAUUUAGUAGCCUAUUAAAACAGGCAGCAGCUGUGAAACCUAAAAUUACUGCAUAAUAAUAAAGCAGUGAAUGUAGAUUAUUCAAGCAGGUGUGUUUGCUCUUUCUUGCUCCACCUCUGUGAACCUCCAGGCAGCUGUUGCCCGAUGAUCAGAAUGUGUAUAAUUGGAUCUGUGGAGUAUUGCAUAUCCCAAGACCGAAGCAUUCAUCAGCGCAUCACGAGUGGUCAAGGCCAUGCGUGUUAAAAAGCACCUUUCGCUUCAACAUGCACUAGAGUUUCAGGUGCUGAGCCAAAUGUGCUGCUCAUGUUGUGUGCUUUAGAUGUGAAGGAAAGGCAGUGAGGAAUAACAAUUACCCGUUUCACUCGAGGUCAGUCCUUUCGCAUCAAAACUGCGCUGCUGGCACACAGUGUGGAGCUCCAGGAAAUACAGUGCAACCUUGGACAGUAUGAGCAUCUUUGUUUUCUUCCUGCAAGGUUCUCUCCCUCCUUGGGGGUUUUUGUUGUUUAAAUUCUUGUUCUACUUCUUGGUGUGUUUUUUUCCCCCCACAUUUUAUACUGCAUAAUUAAAGCAGUGAGUCUUCAGAAUAUUACUGAUUAAUUGGUAACCACAGUAUUAUGUGGCAUUAUAUUUUCCAAGAUAGUUGGAAGAUUUCAAGGUUUUGCAAUAAUGUGUAAAAGACCACAUUAAAUUGAAUGUAUUUAUUUCCUUCUGCUUUGUAUUUUUAGAAAAUAUUCAGACUUGAAUGAUGCCAUUCAGUUGCAAAUAAAUGAGCUCAGGUGUU